UGUAAUCCACCACGUCAUCCGAGCAGCAAAGGUGGGGUAGGUUCUUCCAGCUUCAUCAGCGUCCCUGAGAGGGCGCGGUACCCAAAUCAACCCUCCAGAGGCGGGGACUGAAACCACGGAGCUUCCCCCUGCGCUCAGCAUCCCUGCCAGGGCCCUGCGCAGCUCAGAAUCACAAGCUGGGCGCCUGCCCAUAGACAUGGCGACGCCCUGCUCAGCUUCUCUCCGCGGAGCUUGUGGGGCCGUUCUGGCCUUGCCAGUACUUGGGGACUUCCUCCGCGAGCCAGCUUCCUGCGCCGCUGGCAUUUAAGCCGGCACCUCAGGCUGCGGGAUGCCACUGCAGAAGUGGAACGGCGCGCUGGUUGCCCGGAGAAGGAGCGGAGCCCGAGCAUCCCUGAAACACUGCAUCCCAGGCUGAGCCGCGGAGGGCGAAGGGAGAAGUCCAGGACGCUGUCAUCUGACAGUUUUAAUUGCAGGGUUGACUUUCAAUCCCACGAUCGCAACUUGCCCGCUGCACCCUCCGAUUAUUUUCCCUCCGACCUGGUGAAGAAGGGCUGCGUCUCUGGAGCCGCGGGAGAGGGCGCGCCCGGUCCCGCUCUGUCGCCCUAAGGACCUCGAGCCGCGCGCCCCGGCCAUGGUGCAGCCGAGCCCGGCGCUCCGGUGAGGCGGCGGGCCGGCCCUGCAGGCGCCGUCCCGGGGAAACCGAGGGUCGCGGGGACCGGGCACAUUCCCGCUGGGGCAGUGCGCACCCGGGGCAGGGGGCCCAUCGGGCGGCGGCGGCCACGAUGUUCAGCUGGCUGGGGAGCGACGACCGCCGGAGAAAGGACCCCGAGGUCUUCCAGACGGUGAGCGAGGGACUCAAGAAACUCUACAAGAGCAAGCUCCUGCCGUUGGAAGAGCACUACCGCUUCCAUGAGUUCCACUCGCCCGCCCUGGAGGAUGCUGAUUUCGACAACAAGCCCAUGGUCCUGCUGGUGGGCCAGUACUCCACAGGGAAGACCACUUUCAUCAGGUACCUGCUGGAACAGGAUUUCCCAGGCAUGAGAAUUGGACCCGAGCCCACCACGGACUCCUUCAUUGCAGUGAUGCAAGGAGAGGUGGAAGGGAUCGUCCCUGGGAAUGCUCUGGUGGUGGAUCCUAAGAAGCCCUUUAGGAAACUCAACGCCUUUGGUAAUGCCUUCUUGAACAGGUUUGUGUGUGCCCAGCUGCCCAACCCUGUGCUGGAGAGCAUCAGCGUCAUCGAUACGCCCGGGAUCCUCUCCGGGGAGAAGCAGAGGAUCAGCCGUGGCUAUGACUUCGCAGCCGUCCUCGAGUGGUUUGCCGAGCGGGUCGACCGCAUCAUUCUGCUCUUCGACGCCCACAAGCUGGACAUCUCCGAUGAGUUCUCCGAGGUCAUCAAGGCCCUCAAGAACCACGAGGACAAGAUGCGGGUGGUCCUAAACAAGGCCGACCAGAUCGAGACCCAGCAGCUGAUGCGGGUCUACGGGGCUCUCAUGUGGUCCCUGGGCAAGAUCGUGAACACCCCAGAGGUGAUCAGGGUCUACAUCGGCUCCUUCUGGUCCCAUCCCCUGCUCAUCCCUGACAACCGGAAGCUCUUUGAGGCCGAGGAGCAGGACCUGUUCAGAGACAUCCAGAGUCUGCCCCGAAAUGCUGCCCUGCGCAAGCUCAAUGACCUCAUCAAGAGAGCCAGGCUGGCCAAGGUCCAUGCCUACAUCAUCAGCUCUCUGAAGAAAGAGAUGCCCUCCGUGUUUGGAAAGGACAAUAAGAAGAAGGAGCUGGUGAGCAACCUGGCUGAGAUCUAUGGCCGGAUUGAGCGCGAGCACCAGAUCUCACCUGGAGACUUCCCCAACCUUAAAAGGAUGCAGGACCAGUUGCAGGCCCAAGACUUCAGCAAGUUCCAGCCCCUAAAAAGCAAGCUGCUGGAGGUGGUGGAUGACAUGCUGGCGCACGACAUUGCUCAGCUUAUGGUGCUGGUGCGCCAGGAGGAGAGCCAGCGGCCGGUGCAGAUGGUCAAGGGAGGAGCCUUCGAGGGCACGCUGCACGGCCCCUUCGGGCAUGGCUAUGGGGAGGGGGCUGGCGAGGGCAUCGAUGAUGCCGAGUGGGUGGUGGCCAGGGACAAGCCCAUGUACGACGAGAUCUUCUACACCCUGUCGCCGGUGGACGGCAAGAUCACGGGCGCCAACGCCAAGAAGGAGAUGGUGCGCUCCAAGCUGCCCAACAGCGUCCUGGGCAAGAUCUGGAAGCUGGCCGACAUCGACAAAGAUGGCAUGCUGGACGACGAGGAGUUUGCACUCGCCAACCACCUCAUCAAGGUCAAGCUGGAGGGGCACGAGCUGCCCAACGAGCUGCCUGCUCACCUCCUGCCCCCCUCCAAGAGGAAAAUCCUGGAGUGAUGGCGCGGGGCAGGCAGGGAACCGGAGGGGCGGUGAGCUGCGCGCGCACACUUGCACCCACAGAUCGCGAGAAUCGCAUUG